AAGGACAUCGAGCUCAACUACGGUCUUGCUUAGUAUCCUCCAGAUCGUCUUCGUAACGAUAGAUACCAUCACCACGAUCAUCCUAUAUCGACAGGACCACCCAACAAGCACUACCAUAAAGGCCAAAACAACGCAACUUGUCAACCAUGCCCGAAGAACCUACCAAACAACAGACGGUCGCUUUCUUUGCCCAUGAAAAGGCUCAAAAGGCUAACAAGAUGUGCUUCGACUGCCAUGCCAAGAACCCUACCUGGGCUUCGGCACCGUUCGGAGUCUACAUCUGUCUAGAUUGUUCGAGCGUGCAUAGGAACAUGGGUGUGCAUAUCAGUUUCGUCAGAUCGACCAACCUCGACUCCUGGACCCUCUCACAACUCCGUAUAAUGAAAGUCGGCGGGAACGCAUCCGCCACCGACUUCUUCACCCGACACGGCGGUUCCUCCCUCUUGACCUCCUCCGACGCCAAAGCCCGAUACAGCUCUUCGGUCGCCGAGAGGUACAAGGCCGAGUUGGAGAAACGUAAACGGGAGGAUGAAUUCAAGUGUCCCGAAGGGAUCCGGAUCGAGGGGGUCGAUCUGAACAAGGCGGUCGGAGGCACGGGGAGCGGGGCGGCGUCGAGGACGGGGACGCCGGUCGCUGGAGCCAAGGCUGGGGAAGAAGGAGGUGGGGACGACGACUUCUUUUCCACGUGGGACAAGACCAGCUCGAAGCCCGCUGCGCCUGUCGCUCAGAAGCCCACGACUUCGGGUGUUCCAGGGAUCGGAGUAGCCAGACCCGCAGCGGGGCCGAGGACGGUGACUUCUUCCUCCCUGCGAGCUGGAACGACCGGAGGAGCCUCGACGACCUCGGGGACGACCAAAGCUCCCUCUCGAUUGGGAGCUACCCGAUUGGCUUCCAACACGUCGACGACGACCAUGUCGUCCACCACCGGCUCCGCACCCCGAGCUUCCAAGCUGGGAGCAAAACGAGCCGCCGCGCCGAUCAACUUUGAGGAAGCCCAAAAACGGGCUCUCGAGGAGGAAGAACGCGUCAAGCGGUUGGGUUAUGAUAGGAAAAAGGAAGAAGAGGAAGCCAAGGAGCGGGAAAGGAAGGAAGCCGAGCAGAGGCAGAGGAAUGCCGAGUCGAGCAGGAGCUCGACACCCCUGGGCGGAUCUUCCUCGGCGGCGAGGUCGGCCGUGCAGGAAAAGCCCAAGCCGGUCAGGUUGGGUUUCGGAGCGACCGCCGCGACUGCUGCGGCGGCUACGGCUGGGGCUGGGGCUGCUGUUGCCGCAAAGAAGUACGCCGAGGUCGAUGAGAGCAACUAUCAGGACAGCAGCAAGUAUGGCAACCAAAAGGCCAUCUCCUCCGACCAAUACUUUGGUCGAGGGUCGUACGACCCCGCCGCCGCGGCCGAGGCCAAGAGCCGCCUACAAAACUUUUCAGGGGCCACCGCCAUCUCUUCCAACGCCUACCACGGUCGACCAGAGGAAGACGAGGACAACACCUUGGCGGACGAGGGUGGCUUGUUGGGCGAGUUGGGACAGAACGAGACGGUCGCUCAGUUGGAGAGGGGGAUAAGGGAUAUGGCGGGGAGGUUGAUGGCCAACCCGGACGUACAGAAUUUGGGAGAGAGUUUGAGGACGGGAGCGUUGAGGUUUGGAGAUUAUCUUCAACAAAUGUCCGAACAGCGAUAGAGGAUGAGGGGCUAUUGAACCACGAAUGAAAAAAAUAUACGGCCACGGCUUGUACUUGUUGUACAUCUACACGCUCGAUCCUUCUUUUCCUCCCCUCCGUUGCUUUCCGAAUGCUUCUUGUAUCGUGACCGGGAGCAUCGCUUGUAGUCUUGCGAGACGGCGAUGAGCUGGCUGUCCUCUCAUUUAUCUAUAUCUAUCAUAUCCUGAACCCAACAACGCUAUGCCAGUGUGUGUGAACCAAUAUAAAAUCGAUGAUAUCAGGG